AUGCUGCUUUAUUACAUUUGUAUAUGGUCUUUACUUAUCAUAAAAAGUAUUACUAAAGAAAAUGUCGACUUUCCUAUCUAUGGUUCCACUGCCGAUGGUUGGCAUUUUGUUCGAGAACUUUUUCAAGAAAAUUUCAUAGAACAACGAGAUUUAGGAGCAUCCGUAGCAAUUUAUCAUCAAGGAAAAUUAGUGGUCGAUUUAUGGGGUGGGUGGUUUAAUGAUAGAAAAUCGGAACCCUUUGAUAAUAAUACAUUACAAUUAGUAUUUUCAACAUCGAAAGGAUUAGUAGCUGUAGCUGUUGCACUUUGUGUUCAGCGAGGUCUCCUGGAUUAUUCAGCAUUAGUAACGACAUAUUGGCCUGAAUAUGGUCAAAAUGGGAAAGAAAAUACAACUACAACGAUGGUAAAUAAAUUAGAGCAACAAAACCCACUAUGGCCACCAGGCACAGCUCAUGGUUAUCAUACGGUGACCUAUGGGUGGUUAGCUGGUGAACUUGUUCGACGUGUAGACCCCAAGGGCAGAACUUUAGGAGAGUUUAUCCGUGAUGAAAUUGCUAAACCGUUAAAUAUCGAAUUUUAUAUUGGUUUACCACCAGAAGAAGAACAUCGUGUCUCGCCAUUAUAUUUGCAAACGAAUGAAAGCCAAUCUUCUCUCGAUACUUACAUUGCAUUCAAUAAUCCGAGCGCACAUCAGGCAGAAAUUCCUGCUGCCAAUGGAAUAACAAAUGCUCGAUCUGUAGCAAAACUUUAUGCAUCUCUUAUGAGUGACGUCGAUGACUUUAAAUACAAACGAUUAUUAAAUGAACAAAUCUUAAAAAUAGCAAUAAAGUCAAAUACACCCGAAAAUGAAAUAGAUUUAACAUCACAACUUCCAACUCAAUUUGGUAUGGGCUUUUUACUUAUGGAUCAAAAUUUUCCACCUUUGGCUCCUGGAAUAUUUGGUCAUAUUGGAGCUGGCGGAAGUGUUGGUUUUGCUGCACCAGCAAAAAACUUUUCAUUUGCCUAUGUUAUGAAUCGCAUAGAAACCGACAUACAAAGUGGUAUUGAUGCUCGUUAUAAAUCGAUGUUAAUCAAAAUUGCAGAUGCACUCAAUAAUAAUAAUUCCAGUUUCCAACGAAGACUUUCUCCAUAUUUAUUUAUUUUCUGUUCUAUUGUUUUUCUCUAUCAAUUUCCUUCUUCGCCAUAA